UCCCCUGGCCACCACACCACAGAUCAAAGCUUACUACAGCAGAACAGCGAGCUCUAGCUGCGAACAAAACACUUCAGCAAAUCCACCCGUAGUCUCCGAGCUCAUAAACCCAACCAACCGACGAAAAUGUCGCUGGUUAGGCGCAGCAACGUGUUCGACCCCUUCGCCGACUUCUGGGACCCCUUCGACGUCUUCCGCUCCGUAGUGCCCGCGGCAUCACCUGACCGCGACGCCGCCGCCUUCGCCGCCGCGCGCAUCGACUGGAAGGAGACGCCGGAGGCGCACGUCUUCAAGGCCGACCUCCCCGGCGUCAAGAAGGAGGAGGUCAAGGUCGAGGUGGAGGACGGCAACGUCCUGGUGAUCAGCGGCGAGCGCAGCAAGGAGAAGGAGGACAAGAACGACAAGUGGCACCGCGUCGAGCGCAGCAGCGGCAAGUUCCUCCGCCGCUUCCGCCUGCCGGAGAACGCCAAGACGGACCAGGUGAAGGCCGGGCUGGAGAACGGCGUGCUCACGGUCACCGUGCCCAAAGCCGAGGUGAAGAAGCCUGAGGUGAAGGCCAUUGAAAUCUCUGGCUGAGGAAAGCUCGUCAAGGUCGCGAUUGCUGCUGUGUCGUGCUCGGGUCAAAGUUUGGUCGUCGUGUUUCUGAAUCUUUUGUGAUGAUGUCGUACCCCUCGGUCAUGGUGUGGUCAAUGUUGUGUUUGCCGGGUCGACCCAGGCGCGCUAUGGGUUAUGUGUGUGUGUGUCUGUGCAGUUGUUUGGUGUCAUGGUGAAUAAAUGAAAAUAUAAAAAGUUUUUCUUAUA